AGAAAUGUCAUCAGUGGAAUCACACCAGAAACAGUUGAUGUCAGAUCCAUCCCCAUCACCAAACUCAUGUAGUUCCUUUGAGCUAAUAGACAUGGAUGCCGGCGGUUUGUAUGAACCAGUUUCUCCUCACUGGUUUUAUUGUAAAGUAAUAGAUUCUAAGGAGACAUGGAUUCCUUUCAACUCGGAGGAUUCACAGCAGCUGGAAGAAGCAUAUAGCUCUGGAAAAGACUGUAAUGAGAAAGUUGUCCCCACUGAUGGGGGCCGGUAUGACGUUCAUUUGGGGGAGAGGAUGCGGUAUGCUGUGUAUUGGGAUGAGCAAGCAUCAGAAGUGAGACGAUGUACCUGGUUUUACAAGGGAGACAAAGAUAAUAAGUAUAUUCCCUAUUCAGAGAGCUUCAGCCAAAUAUUAGAGGAAACUUACAUGCUUGCUGUAACUCAGGAUGACUGGAAAAAGAAACUGGAGUCUCCCAACAGAGAAAUUAUUGUAUUACACAAUCCAAAGCUUAUGGUGCAUUACCAGCCAGUUGCAGGGUCUGAUGAAUGGGGUUCCACACCCACUGAGCAGGGUCGACCAAGAACAGUGAAGAGAGGGGUUGAGAACAUCUCUGUUGACAUUCAUUGUGGGGAACCUUUACAAAUAGACCAUUUGGUUUUUGUAGUCCAUGGGAUUGGACCAGCUUGUGAUCUCCGCUUUCGAAGCAUUGUACAAUGUGUUAAUGAUUUUCGCAGUGUUUCCUUAAACCUGCUACAAACACAUUUUAAGAAAGCCCAAGAAAAUCAGCAGAUUGGGAGGAUAGAAUUUCUUCCAGUCAACUGGCACAGUCCUUUGCAUUCUACUGGUGUGGAUGUAGAUCUACAGCGAAUAACCCUGCCCAGCAUUAAUCGCCUAAGGCACUUCACCAAUGACACAAUUCUGGAUGUCUUCUUCUACAAUAGCCCCACCUACUGUCAGACUAUUGUGGACACAGUUGCUUCUGAAAUGAACCGAAUAUAUAUGCUUUUUCUGCAGAGAAACCCUGAUUUCAAAGGGGGUGUAUCCAUUGCUGGUCAUAGUUUAGGUUCGCUUAUAUUGUUUGAUAUCCUAACAAAUCAGAAAGAUUCUUUGGGGGAUAUUGACAGUAAAAAGGAUUCGCCAAAUAUGGAUCAAGGAGACACACCGACAAUAGAGGAAGAUCUGAAGAAACUUCAACUCUCUGAAUUCUUUAGUAUCUUUGAGAAGGAGAAAAUAGAUAAAAAAGCUCUGGCUUUAUGUACAGACAGAGAUCUUGAGGAAAUUGGAAUUCCCUUAGGACCAAGAAAGAAGAUACUAAAUCACUUUAGGACCAGAGAAAAUUCAAUGGGCAUUAAUACAUCAACUCCACAAUCAGCUUCAGGGUUGAAUAUGUCUAAUAUCCCCAAAGAAUCUGAGUUCUGCAAUAGUGCUGAUGGUACUGGAAAUGACUAUCUGGAUGUUGGCAUUGGGCAGGUAUCCGUAAAAUACCCUCGACUCAUCUAUAAACCAGAAAUAUUCUUUGCCUUUGGAUCUCCCAUUGGAAUGUUUCUUACCGUCCGAGGACUAAAAAGAAUAGAUCCCAACUACAAAUUUCCAACAUGCAAAGGUUUCUUCAAUAUUUAUCACCCUUUUGAUCCUGUGGCCUAUAGGAUUGAACCAAUGGUGGUCCCAGGAGUGGAAUUUGAGCCAAUGCUGAUCCCACAUCAUAAAGGCAGGAAGCGGAUGCACUUAGAACUGAGAGAGGGCUUGACCAGGAUGAGUAUGGACCUUAAGAACAACUUGCUAGGUUCACUGCGGAUGGCCUGGAAGUCUUUCACCAGAACUCCAGACCCUGUCUUACAAUCUUCUGAAACUACAGAAGAAACUGAAGCAGAACCUGUGUCAAGUUCAGAGAAGCCUAGCGAUGUUAACACAGAAGAGACCUCUGAGGCAGUUAAAGAAGAAGUCCCCCCCAUCAAUGUGGGAAUGCUGAAUGGAGGCCAACGCAUUGACUACGUGCUACAGGAGAAGCCCAUUGAGAGUUUCAAUGAGUAUUUAUUUGCUUUACAAAGCCAUCUAUGCUACUGGGAGUCUGAAGAUACAGUAUUGCUGGUCCUCAAAGAAAUCUAUCAAACCCAGGGUAUCUUCCUUGAUCAGCCUUUACAAUAAAAAUGAAUCUUCUAUGGCUGUCUAAUAUGGACAUUGAGGGGUCCUUCAACAGAAAAUCCACCUGUUUGUUGCUGGAGUUUUCCUCUCCUCAGCUGCGUCAUUUCUUGCAUGUUGCCUGUCGCUCACCAUUGGGGGCUUUGGAAGAUAAUCUUCCAUUUUGGAAGUGAGUGG